AUGUUGAACGUCCUCUUAUCUUUAGCAAAGGAAAAUGCUACUCAAUCACCAGUUCACACGAAUCCUCAGCGGAAAAAUUUGCUGAAUACCAUUUCUAAGCUUCAUCGCACACAGCAAAGAGUUUACGAAUCUUAUCGAAAAUUGAAAUACGGAUUGAAAAAAUUACACGAUGAUUACUACCUUAUAAAAGGACCAAAUAUUUUCAGGAGAUACUUGCGAAUGCAACAAAUAAUACGCGAGGUGAUAAUCCUUGAUAACCAAUACUGGCAACUAAUUGAUGUACCUAAACCGGAACCAACAGAAGCAGUGAACGAUUAUGUCUUCCGGUUCAUUGUGAACGUAACUCAACCACAAUCACCUCCACGAUCCAGUAUUGCAUCUUUACUAAAGGCAGCAUUUAUAGCAGACAGUACGACGGAAACAAUUAACUGUGAUGCACUAAGAACAUACAGAACAAAUCAAUUUUUAGAGUUAUCAACAGAAGAGCUACAACUUGAAUGUGAUCGAAUGCAUUCGAAGUUGUAUAGACUGCUACGAAAAUACUUAGAACUCCGGCAAAUUCUUAAAGGAUUAAAAUCGAACUUCCAUUCCUCACGCUUCUUACCUAUAAUUCCUCGAUACAACUUAUUAAAAUCAAUGAUAAAAAGUGUGAUCAGAGAGCCUACUUUCGCUGAGAUCUAUCAUGAAUCGGACACAUUGUAA